AUGAGAGCUGUUUUUGUCAAGUCCUUCUCCUCUCUGUUCACACUCAUGCUGAUAACGCCCUCUGUUUUGGCAAGGAGUUUGCAUAGCAGUCAAAACAAAGGUAAGAAAGCAUUUGCUUCACUUUGUAACGAGUGCCAUGAAAGCGUGAUUCUUUAUUUUUCUUGCAGGGCUAGUUCGUAAGAAAUUAAAGCUAACAGGGUUUCCUACACGCGCUUAGGUUGGUCAAGGAUCUAGAGCCAUCGUGUUUCAUACUGACGGAUAAGCCCAUUGCUAUUUUACAUGCCCACUUGACCACACUUAGAUUUGAGAGAACACGAGCAACCUUCGCCGUAAUUAUACUAUGUUAUAUACAACAAAACUAUAUUUAUCGUUGAGAAUUAACCGCCUCAGUUAUUUGUAUCGUUCUUGUUUAUCGAUCAGGUGAUUGCCGUUCUCUGAAAAUGAGACACAACGCAGGAAAUCACGCCAAGAAAUGUUAUCCUGGGUACCCUCGAAAACAAGCCUCCUAUUUGCCUUACCGAAUUUGCUACCGAAGAUUCUUCGUAGGUAUGAAACCACCGGAAGGUUUGCGAAGAAGCAAUUCGCACAAUCCCAAUAUCAGAUAUAUCUGUCAGAGGCCAGAGGAAAAACGCAAGAGCCAAUAUGGAACAAUGUUUGACGAAAGUUUGGGACUGGCCGUAUUUUCAGCUUACACCUUAACAGCCAAAGAUGUUGAUUUCCAGAAUCGAGCUCACCCAGCUUCGUGGGCUAAAACACCAGGUAUUUGCUUAAAAUCAUGAGCUGAAAUAGCUUUUUUUUCAGUAAUUUUCAAAAUGUUGGAAUCCUGUCGCAAAAUCAGAAGUAUCUGAGGUUCGAAUCAUACCGAGGGGCUCAACCUUUUAAUCCAUGUCCUUGCUCUCCUCCACACAUCUUGAUGACAAAUACAAAACAAACCACGAAUUGGUCCUCACAAGAGAGCUGCGUGCAAUUAAAGAAAUAGCCCGCUAGUUUAGUUUCUUGUUCGUUGGGUAAAGCAACCGACAAUGAAGGGUGAAGGUAGAAUCGUCACGAGAGACUUGGGUCUCUUCUUUCUAAUCUCACACUAUAGUCACAAAUGUUUAACACCUUCUUUUACCUUAAAAAAAUAGGCAUUGAAAAUCAGGGAAGUGAUGCAAUAUAUCCGAGCUUACCAUACAUUAGAGGUCAAUUGGUACCAGCACUUACUUUAUCAAACACCGGAAAAGGUGACGAGGGUUGGCUAUCGACUUUCACCUACACAAACGCUGUUCCACAACGGCCAGAUUUUAAUAUGGGAGAGUGGUUUGAGUUUGAAAACAAGAUUCGAUCUUAUGCCAGAGAUGACUGCAUACCGAAUCGUGGCAAGCUGUAUCUUCUAACCGGCACGUCAUUCGUUCAUUCCGAACCUGACUGGCCGAUUUGGCCGAGAGAUCCUAAGAGACAACCUUGGUUGGCUAAUAUCAAAGAUAAUUAUCUCAUUCCUGAUAGUCCUCCGAUAGCCAUUCCAGUAUCUUUGUGGACGGCUGGUUGUUGUAUUGACUCGAAAAAUGGAACUGUGACGGGGAAUUUUGCGGUGAUUGGGAACAACGAAGAAGAUAAUCAACUGAUGCACACGAGGCAAAUUUCAGUAGAGCAGUUGCAAAGUAUCCUCAAACAAGACGUAAAAGCGAAUGAGAAUUCAAACAGAGUGAAGCUGUUCCCAGCCAUACGAGAUUGUUCGAAGGAGUCCAAACAAAUCACUUUACCAUGGGCUUGA